CCCGACAUUUCUCGGUCCCUUUUUGUAGAACCAACAAAAGGGCUGUUUACGUUGAGCUUACACUAUUCUAUAACGGCCUCGGCAGCACUUCACACCAUACCUCUCUGAGACUCGCUUCUGAAAAGAGCAAAAAAAAAAAAAGACAAACACCACAAUGAGCCUUAGUAAAGAUGCUAUGAAACUACAUUUGAUCCUCGAGGGAUCCGUCAACGGACAUUGCUUCGAGAUCCACGGAGAAGGAGAAGGGAAAGCAUUCGAAGGCGAGCAGUGGUCUAAAUUCACCGUUAAGAAGGGAGGUCCUUUACCAUUCUCAUUCGAUCUCAUUGCGCCAUGCCUCAAGUACGGCAGCAAGCCGUUCGUCAAGUACCCAGAUGACAUGACUGACUUCUUCAAAGCUGCCGUGGAGAAUGGCGGGCUGAGCUGGGAACGAACCAUGUCGUUGGAGCAGGAUGGAGGCUUCUGUUCGGUGGUCAACACAUCAAAGCUUGACAAAGACGGCCUUCAUUACCACAUGACAUUUCAAGGAAUCAACCUAGACCCGAACGGACCCGUCAUGAAAAAGAUGACGAUGGGGUGGUUACCAAGCGUGGAGACGAACAUUCCACGGGGAAACACUCUUGUCGGUGACAUCAACAUGCUCCUUAAAGUCAACGACGGCUCUUUCUUGCGCGUAAAGUUUGUGACGGUCUACAGGUUCAUGAAGCCCGUGCCUGCGGGUUUCAAGAUGCCGCCGCACCACUUUAUUGCCUUCAAGCUCACAAGAGUUGAAAACGACGCAGAUUGCAACGUCGUGUUGUUGCAUGAGUGGGGCAAAGCAUUCUCCUGCUUCCUGCCAGAAAACCCCACCCUGCAGCUGCCCAAGCUAAAAUAGACCACGUGAUAAGCACUCUAGUGCUAGUCCACUUAUGUUAUGUAGGAGAACCCUUAUCGUUAUACCACAGGCUGUCCAAGCUAAAAUAGACCACGUGAUAAGCACUCUAGUGCUAGUCCACCUAUGUUAUGUAGGAGAACCCUUAUCGUUAUACCACAGGCUGCCCAAGCUAGAUAAUUAGAUCACGUGAUAAGCACUCUAGUACUAGUCCCUCGAAAUAACUGCACGUCAUCAGUCUUGGUGAAGACUUUUGUCAAUGGUGUAUAACCAUAUCAAGCAGUGUUAAUCAAUCAUUAAUCCUUAUUAAACCACGACCAAAACUUUUAAAGCCAUCAAUCAAUUUUGUGAAAGGGGUGGGGUAACAACAUAAAACCUAUUUGUGUGUUAUUUGCGAGCCUUGAUCAGUUGAUUUAAACCAUGUAUUCCUACCUCAA